AUGGACAAAAAAGAAGAACCCAGUGGUGCAUUUAAAUGCAAACAACGUCAAGAAAGAGAAGAUAGUAAACCAAAAUUGACAAGUUUUUUAGUCAACCUCCUGCAAGUACUUCUGGAAAAAAAUAUUUUUAUUGAUAGUAACUCAAAUAUUGUUGUUACUGCAGUGUUGGUUGAGAAGCCUACUGAAGAAGACUCGACAAUUAUUGCAGUUGAAGAUACCUCCACCGUCGAUCAUGUGAACGUGGAUGAUGUUUGCAUGGCACACAUAAGGGUGGAGGAUUUGGAGGAACCGCAGACCUUUACAUUUUUCGAAAAUGUGUACGAUAUUCACGUACAAAAUAUUAAGUGA